AUCUGUAAUCUUCAACCUGAACUAUCCUCAAAGGGAGUCUAUACCACACCAUCGAGCUCCACACCUGCUACACCACACUGAAUCGCAACCCCCCAUCCCUCACCCAUCGCGUCGUCGUCUACCCAACCACCAUGGCACCCCCCCUAACCCCCUCCCAAACCGCCAUUAUCAAAUCCACCGCGCCCCUCCUCGCAACCCACGGCACCACCAUAACAACCCACUUCUACACGACCCUCCUCGCCGCCCACCCGCCCCUCCGCUCCAUCUUCAGCGCGACCCACCAAGCCACGGGCGCGCAGCCCCGCGCCCUCGCCGGCGCCCUCCUCGCCUACGCCACGCACAUCGACGACCUCGGCGCGCUGUCCCCCACCCUCGCCCUCAUCUGCGCGAAGCACGCCUCCCUCGGCAUCACGCCCGCGCAGUACGGCGUCGUCGGCACGGGGCUGCUCGCCGCGCUCGAGGACGUCCUCACCCCCGCCGUCUUCACCGCCGAAGUGAAAGACGCGUGGGCCGCGGCGUACUGGCAGCUCGCGGACAUCAUGAUCGCGGCGGAAGCCGAGCUCUACGCGCAGGCGGCGUGGCAGGGGUGGCGCGAGUUCAGGGUCGCGCGCAAGGAGGUUGAGAGCGCCGAGAUCACGAGUUUCUACCUCGAGCCGGUCGAUGGAGGGAAGUUGCCGCGGUAUAAGCCCGGCCAGUAUGUCAGCGUGCAGGUGCCGGUCCCGCAGCUCGGGGAGGGCGUGCUGCAGGCGCGGCAGUAUAGCCUCAGCGAUGCGCCGGGGAAGGGGUAUUUCCGGAUUAGUGUGAAGCGGGAGAGCGGGCUGGUGAGUGCGGCGGCGGGGCCGGGGGUGGAGAAGGGGCAGCCUGGGUGGGUGUCGAAUAUCCUGCAUGCGGAGAAGGCGGUGGGCGACGUGGUGGGUGUGGCGCAUCCGUAUGGGGAUUUCUAUCUCGAGGUGGAGGGGGAGGGGCCCGUGGUGCUGAUUUCGGGGGGUGUGGGGCUGACGAGUUUGAUGGCGAUGUUGAAUGCGUUGGUGGAGCGGAAGAGUGGGCGGAAGGUGGCGUGGAUUCAUGCGGCGCGGAAUGCGAGUGUGCGGGGGUUUCGGGGGCAUGUGGAGGAGGUGGAGAAGACGGCAGACAAUGUGCAUGCGGUGUUGUUUGAUACGCUUGGGGGGCGCAUGGAUCUGGGGGCCCUGGAUAGAGAGAAGGAUCUUUUCUUAGGAGAUGAGAGGGCGGAGUACUUUAUCUGUGGGCCCGAGGGGUUCAUGGUGGAUGUUGAGACGAAGCUGAAGGCGUAUGGAGUGGAUGCUGGUCGCAUUAAGAUGGAGCUGUUCGGUACGGGAGGAGUACCCAGGGGAUUGGAGAAACUUUGAAAUGACUUAUUAGAUGUACAUAUUGCUAAAAAAUGAGCUG